UGGUGCCGCUUAACUAUGAAAUAUAUGAGAAGACGAUUAGCGGCGACUGAUCGCGGCGCUUCAACUUUGGGUCACCAGAACUUACAAAUGAAAACUAAUUUUAGCGACGACAUGCCCAUCAAAAGUCUGCGAUAUGUAUGUUGUCCCUAGAAGUAGAAAGUCGCCCUUAGGAAACUAAAACCCAAAUAUUCCGUCGUCGACCUCCAUAGUCCCACCUACUAAGCCCUAACCAGAAAUGGCCACAGUGCCGCCGGGAGCAAACUUCGACGGAAAUCCUCUGGCGCCGGCGCCACCGCAGCCGCCGGGGACAGACAUGACAGGAAUAUGCUUCAGAGACCAGCUAUGGCUAAACACAUACCCACUCGACCGAAACCUAAUAUUCGAUUACUUCGCUCUGUCCCCUUUCUAUGAUUGGACUUGCAAUAAUGAGCAGCUUCGAUUGCAAUCUAUUCACCCUCUCGAUCUCUCUCAUCUCUCGAAAAUGACGGGCACAGAGUACAUGCUGAAUGAAGUGAUUGAGCCCAAUUUGUUUGUUAUUCGUAAGCAGAAGAGGGAUAGUCCUGAGAAAGUCACACCAAUGCUGACAUAUUAUGUUUUGGAUGGAUCAAUAUAUCAAGCACCACAGCUUUGUAAUGUCUUUGCAGCUCGAAUAGGACGAGCUUUAUAUCAUAUAUCAAAGGCUUUUACUACUGCUGCCUCAAAGCUGGAAAAGAUUGGAUAUGUUGAUGAAGGUGAAGGUGUAGCAUCUGAAUCAAAAGUUGGUAAAGAGGUGAUUGACUUCAAGGAAGUUAAGCGAAUAGAUCAUAUUCUUGCCUCCAUACAACGCAAGUUACCACCAGCCCCCCCACCUCCACCAUUUCCAGAAGGCUAUGUACCCCCUGCAACUGUAGAAGCAGAAAAAGGUUCUGAAACUCGACAAGCAGUAGAGACGCAACCUCCUCCUGUUGAUCCAAUCAUUGAUCAAGGUCCUGCGAAAAGAAUGAAAUUCUGAAUUACAAAUUUUUCUUUUCCUUUCCUUCUUCUUCUUUUCGUUAUGGUUGAAGCAUGCCAACAUUUUAGAGAAUAGGCUUAGUCAAUUUGUUGAGGAAAAUGGGCUGCCUGUCAAAUCUCAUGCUUUUGUUUGUAGAUGAUUUAGAUUUCUCUUAUAAUGUAAAAGUACAAUGCUAAAUGGACCACUUUGUUUAUAAUACAUUGCAACUAUGUAAUGUGAUGUUACUUGUUAAUUUCAAUCUAAUUUCUCUUGCAAUU